CACCAUCCACAACACCCUCCACCAUGCCGAAGGUCAUCAGCUACACUCCUCCCUGGCUCUCGCGCCCGGCACCCGGCGCCUCCGUCUUCGCCAGCUCAGGCGCAAAGGCCCCGGAAAGUCUCAAGGGCCUCAAAGAGUCUGUCUACUCUGGUCCUACGCGCAUCCAGGCCAAGAGGGGGAAUGAAUUGUUUACGGUCGUCGAUAACCAGAUUCGCUGGUCCGACCUCACCAGAUUGAAGAACGAAUGGCAGCACAAGUCUAAGGCGAGGAACGGCUCGACGGACCAGAAGGAGCUGACCGGUGACCAGGGUGUGCAUUACAGGGUUUUGGUGGUGCCUGUUUACGAGAAAAUCCGGCAGCUCAUCCCCUCCCCGAAUGGCGCGUUUCUGGCCAUUGUCGCAGACCACACCGUCUUCAUCGCCGUGCUCCCCGACCCAGCGCACCUGGCCGGCACCGACGACACCCCCAUCCGCACGAAAUCCUACCAACUCGGCCCGACAACCCAUGUCAUUCCCGAGUCCUCCGUGGUGUCUGCCUUGUGGCACCCACUGGGCGUGCACAACAACCUUGGAGGUUGCUUUGUGACGGUCACUGCAGAUGCCGCUGUUCGGGUGUGGGAGCUGGAUCGCAACAACCACUGGUCGUUCGAUCGUCCGACAUUGGCGGUCGAUCUGAGGAAGCUGGUGGACGGAACCUCGUCGGACCAGGACUUUGCGCCGUCGGGAUUCGGGAAGAACAAGGGCUUCUCUGCGGACUUCAUCGACAUGGAGGUUGCAUCCGCCUGCUUUGGAGGCACCGGGACUGAAAAAGAGGAGGCCUGGGCACCAAUGACCCUGUGGGUUGCGAUGAGGCCGGGCGACCUCUACGCUUUGUGUCCUCUGUUGCCCACCAAGUGGAGAGCGCCGUCGACGACUGUUCCGUCACUGUCCGCGGCCAUCAUUCCCAAGCUGGCUGCUCUGGAGGAGGACCCCGUCGAGUUUGAGGAACAGCUGACCGCGUGCCGGCAACAGUACGACUGGCUGGCGGAAAUCGACAACCAGGAGCCCUUGCUCACCGACUUCGACUCGGAAAGUAGUUCAGGAUCGGAAGUUCUCACCCGUCCGGCCAACCCCAGUGCGAUCCCGAGAUUGCAGGGUCCGUUCCGGUUCGAUACUGGAGAUGAGAUUGACGAUCUGGACCUGUGUGAUCUUCUCGUGAUUGGUGCCAAGGUCGACCUCGACGCUCUCAUGAUGGGUGAGGAGGACGAACUAGCCCUGGACGACGGCGGAGACGACAGGCUGUCAGCUACCGUCAUCUGCCUCGCAACUGGAAGCGGCAGGAUCCACGUUUGCCUUGAACUCGAUGGGGUGGAGGGGCAAUGGCUUCCGAAGGCGAAGAAGAACGUGUUCAGCACGCCUAUUUCCGAGCCAUCGGACUUGGUUCUGGUAGAGUCGUUGGAUACGAUGAGGGGAGAACGCCAAUCAUCAAACAACUGGCCCACGUUCACAAAGGAUGUCUACUCCCGGUACGGCUUCUUUGUCACGAACUCCUCUAAUGUGACUUUUAUUUCUCUCGCCUCCUGGGUCCAGCGGCUCGAGGCCGAGCUGCAGUCGGAGGAUACCACCGGCACGGCCUUCCGCCUGCAGAUUCUGUGCGAAGGCGCGGCGUCUUUGAGAGAGCGGAUCUUGGAGGUCGAAGGAAGCGAUGCUGGCGCGAAAGACCUGACCGGCCACCUGCCUGCUUCUUUGAUCUACUACGACUACGACCUCGGCUACUUGCUGCUUACCUACCAGUCUUCUACCCCCCAUGCUGCCAUCCUAGAUGCCCCCGAGGUGUCGCUCCCGGAGAUUGACGAUAUGCGAUUGUACGAUCACGAUGGCCAGGCGCCCGGUUCCCCUGUCCUGCCCCCUCGUCGCCCCCCGUACCAGGUUCCCUCCAUUUUCUAUGCCGAGCCGCCUCUGGAGUUCUUUGUUGACAAGCACGUCCCCCACCGCCAACGCCAGGCUUUCAAGGAGCAAGUGCGGCUAUCUCCCGCGACGCUGGACCUGGUUGCCGCCGCACACCGCAUCCUGUCUGCCCAUACCAACGCCCUGGAGCGAGCAGCGUCCGAUCUCUUCCGUCGCUGCGAGCGGUUGCAGGGUGAGAUGCGAGAUCAACUCAAGCAGCUGGCGGAAGUCGCGGAACGGGUCAAGGGUGUUUCUAGUGAGAUUGGUGAAGACGGGAAGCGGAUCGAGGGCUCCAAGAGCGGAGAGGUUCUGGACAAGAGGCUGCAGGCUGCCAAGGAUAAGCAGGCUCAGCUUGUGCAGAGAUACGAAACGCUGCGGAACAAGGUCCUGAAGUCGGGCGGGCGGCCUCUCAGCGACAAGGAAAAGUCGUGGGUCGUGGAAGUCAAGACGAUGUCCGACUCGAUCGGCGAUUCCACUCCCGAGGACGGCCAGUUGACGCACCGACUCGAUGCCGUCAGGGAAAUCGCGGACGAUCUACUCACCGAAGUGAAGACCAUCGCAGCCAAGUCGCCUCUGGCUUCCGAACCAGGCACCCCGUCCCCCAGUGGACAGCCACGGGUUCCCCAGCGACUCCAGCGGGCGAAGAUCGCCGAUGCCAUGCAGAUGGUGGAGCGAGAGUCCGCCAUCAUCGACAACAUUACCUCCCGCCUCGAGCGACUAAACACCAACUUAUGAAGUCCGAGAGCUGCUUGAUUCCCCGAACGGUCCGGGGAAACGGUCCAGCCAAAUGAAAUGUAUACCACAAUGAAUGUUGGAGAGCAGAGAUGAUGCCAUACCAUUAUUGAAACGAGACUCAGUAUUAU